GAAGGGAAAGAUGAGCAACUCUUGGGCCGGGGUGGGGGAGGGGAUAAGGCUUAUUGGAUAUUUUUUUUCUCCUCGAUUGUUUGAUUUGUGUGUAGCGUACGGAGGAAAUGAAGAACGGAAGUUGAAGAUUGCACGUUACGUUUGACUAUUCGAAGAAUGAAUGUUCUUGUGUGCGCUGUGUUGUCCUGAUUUCAUUGGAAGCGAAAAAUCAAUUUUGUUUCACUACAUGAAACUUAAUGCGUGACAAAUGUAUAUCUAUAUCUGGAAUUGUGGAAUAUUAUAGCCAUGGAAACUCAUAUUUCAAUGUCUUUAAUAUGGGGUAUCAAUAUCGCUUUCCAAUCAUAAUUUCAUUUUUUUUCUCUUGGUAUGCGGCCAAUCUUGGACAAUAUCGGUUGUCGACCUUUUUCCAACUUUUUCAAUUUGGGUAUUCCCUCGCCCACGUGCACAGAAAAAAAAGGUCGACCUUUUGUUUUUGAAUCUCCGAUAAAAGAAGUUUUUCCCUGGAUGACGUCAACGAUAAAUGCGUAAAAGAAAAAUUACGACCCACGCUAAUGCGAUGAGAAUUUUUACGGUUCAUAAUUUUAUAAUCUAUGUACCUUGAUUUUUUUCUGGAUCGAUCGCCUCGUAGCCUGUCGACAAAAGUAAUAAGCGACGUGGCUGACGAAUCGCAUCGAAUGCCUCCCUGCUGCUGAUCCAGACUGUUGCCUCGCUCUUCUAAAAUCUCUGGUGCUCUGCUAUACCAGUUUUUUAAUAAGUCAUGACAUAUUUGUAAAGACGAGUUUUGAUUUGAAAUUUGUAACUUAGCUAUUCACUGAGAAUUCAAUCUGGCAAGUUUUUUCAUUUUUUACUUGCGUCGCUGGUGCUGCCAAACAAUUUAAUGGGAAAAUAAAAAAUAUGUUGCACAUUUUUGCUUUAUCAGGAAUGAAGGAUAAUUUGACUAGAGUAGCGCAGAAAGAGGAGAAGAGAAAUGGUGAACUAAAUGCGAGGUUUCAACUUUUGAUUGGAUUUCAAAGGUAUCUUGGCGAUGGUAGGAAAAGUAGGAUUUGGUUAACAAUGAUGCAUGAGCUCUCUUACAUACGUAGGCGCAAGGAUUUUCCACUUCCGGAAAUGGAAACGAAAACCACUCGGGGGAAAUAUGCUCUUCGAUAGUAUUCAUUGCAUUCGAAACUGAUAGGGGGAGAAUAAGUAUUCUCCGUUUCUAGUCAACAAUGAGGACAGUUUCUUUGAGGCGGAAUAAGCCUCGGACUGAUGUUGCAUUUCUUCGUAAUCAAGCAAAUCUAAAUUCUCUAUCUAGAAUAUUCGUUUCCACGAUAGCUGAUAACUAUUCAUUCUGAAUGUCCAAGUUAAAGCUGAUUAUGGUAUCAGUUCUCUACUCUUCGUUUUCGAAUGUCACCGAUGAGAGGAUCGCUUGUAAUCAUGGCUAUAAUGUAUGUGCUCAUCCUUCGCAUUUUAUUUGUUAUUGCAUUGUAAAAUUCGCGACUGGGAAUCAGAUCAAAAUGGGAAUUAUUAUCUGUAAAAUAAUUUAAAGCUUAAAAGCUCUUUUAUGAUCAACGAUUUAUACUCUGUGACCUUUGAUAGCUUCAGUAUUUUAUAAAACAGAGGGAUCUUGAUCGUCGAUCAAUGACUAGGUAAUUAACUAUCUCUUUUUCAACCGUAGGUGCGUGUUUGAGCAACGUGAUCAUGAAUUAUGUACCUUAUCGAUUUGGUGCAGUCAAUGUAAUUAUUCUGAUGCUUUCUACCAAUUCUUUUUUUUUCUAUUAAAAGUGAAUGCAGGUAAUAUAAUUUUGCCUCUUAAAAAUUAAGCCUUAUCAAAUGAAAAAAAAAAUGGAUUUGACUUAGCAUUUCAAUUUUUUCUUAGUUCUUACAGAUUUUGAAGUUUCUUUCCUUAGUCUACAGUUCCUUUUGGUUGAUGAUUAAAACAUGAACUGUUUUAUGUUGCGCACGUGCCACUUGACGAUGCGCUGCGCAGCAAUCGUCCGGAUGUCAAGAGAGAGCGCUAUGCCGUAGACGUGUAUGUCUUGUUGUGUCGAUUGGUUGGGGGGAGACCGCGGGAAAGUUAUAAUCUACUGGCUUGCAGUCGGCGGUCUUCAUUCAGCAUUGAGUUCUCGAAGCGGUCGGAAAUUUUGAUUUUUCAGUAGAGCUUGUGAAAGUGAAUCAUGUCGAUUAUUGAACCUGACAAUCCCACAAAUGAUAGCAAUAGCUAUUUCCCUGUGUCCGACGGCGACGGACUGGGCGAUUCGACUUCCAUCGUGCCCGACAAAUUUCAAUCCAUCUUCGAUCCAUGGGGGGACUACGUCUUCGCAACCGUUAUUAUCAUCAUUGGCGUAGUAUCGCUGUUUGGAAAUGGUUUGGCCGUCCACGUCUUUCGGCGAAAAGGCUCCGAAAUUAAUGUGCCCGAAGUCCUUUUGCUGAACAUUGCAGUCGUCGACCUAUUUCUGGGAAUAGCAUCCUAUCCGGCUACCAUAGUGGCCGCGUUUUCACAUCGCUGGGUGUUCGGACAAACAGGAUGUACCUUGUACGCAUUUACGUGCUAUUUCCUUGGAUUAGCGACUAUACUGUCGCUGACAGCCCUGGCCAUCUUUCGAUUCAUCAAAACCUGUUUCCCUCAGAAAGCCCAGUGGAUGAACGUCCCGAGAACUCGACUAGUCAUCUUCCUUAUCUACGUCUACAGCAUGGGUUGGGCCAUGAUGCCGUUCUUCGGCUGGGGCGGUUACGACGUCGAACCUUUCGGCAUUUCAUGCACUCUGGCCUGGACUCACACGGAUCAAAAUGACCAGAAUUAUAUCCUGGCAGCCAGCAUCUUCAACGUGUUUCUUCCGAGCAUAGUCAUCACGGCAAGUCACUUGGGCAUCUUGUUCAAAAUUCGUCAAGCGAGCCGAAUGUUUUCCAGUAAAUCAGCCGGCAAGCAAAGCAGCAAAGCCGAAAUCCAGUUCAUCCGGGUCUCAUUUGGAGUGUGUUUCGGUUUCCUUAUUGCCUGGUUACCAUAUGCCUGCAUCUCUCUUUGGUCCACCUACGGCGACGUUUCCGCCAUCCCCCUUUGGAUAACACCAAUUCCGGUUCUACUAGCCAAGUCUUCCAUCGCUUACAAUCCAAUCAUAUACGUAUUGCUGACGCGACGCUACAGGGUGGAUUUUUCGAAAGCUUUGCGGGAGCUUCUUCAACUAUCUGUCAUCAAGGAUGGUAGAAGAAUAACAAAUACGAUUCCUUCUGAACAGAUGGAGAUGGAAAACAUUGCUGGUGAAACCAAUCAGACUGAACAUUCACUGAAUAUGGCCGUCGAAGAAAUCAGCACUGAAGAAGUCGUCCGUGGCUAGUGAUAGAAUACCUCUUUAUUUGUGUUCGGCACCUAAAGAAACGGUGAAUCAUAUCUCUGUGGAAUCAUAUCUAAAGCAAUUGUAACGAGAUCGCUUUUGUGCUGAAUUUGAUGUGAUUUAUCUGUGGUCGAUUAGGAGAUUCGAAAACGAGUCCUCCAUACCUUGAUAUUGUUACGCAUGCUCACUUAACCCGAAAAUAAAACAAAACAUUACCUGAUACCAUCACCAUUCCCAACAAAAAAAAAGUAUAAUUAUUGCUCAGUGUGUUUAUUGAAUAUUAAUCAUCUUUUUUCAAUAUCGCGUCCAUUAUUAUGUAAUUUUCUUGAAGUGGAAUUUAACUCUAAUGACUUGCAGCACAUACACUGUUUUGUCAUUGUUUCGAUACAAUUCUUUUCAUGUGUUUCUUUAGUGUACAUUGAUAUUUUUCACCCUGCUUACUGCUGUUGAAUUUAUUGGAAAAUUUUCCUAUUGUUGGAACGAAGUUCAGUGGGAUCGAUCUCCCGUUUAUGAUUGUUUAUUGAACGUUUCCAAAAGUCUGUAAGUUUCAGAACAGUUUUUCCACGUGUUUGCAUAUUUUACAAUGACCAUUAAUAUGACCUAUUCCAAUACAUGGGAAGCCACCGUUUGACGAUCGAGAAAUUAUUUCUAUGAAAAGAGAGCUAGAGUGUAUAAAUACAGUAGAGGAUCGAUUAUUGUGUAAUACACAACUAUCUUGGACUUUUUCUUUUACUAUUAAAAUUCAAUCGAAGAAUGAAUCUUUU